CAUUGUCUCAGUGCAUAGCUCAUAUACCCAAGUAUCAUUCGGGUCAGUCGACGUGCGUCUAGCAGUUCUGACAUGUUCUCUCUAAACCACGAAGACUCCUUGGAGACGCUAGAGAAAACACCUCCUGGGUGAUCAUUUUCAAAACCUUCCUUCAUCAUGGGGUCAAGUAAGCUUGGUGACAUUUUGUACAAGUGACCCUACAUGAAAAACAAUGACCGUAAUCUAAUCAUUGUACGAACUAGAAAGAGUUUUGUGGUGAAUUCGGUAACUACCUUGUUUGUAUGAUCAACUAUAGCAAUAACUCACUUAUUUUACAUAAAUAAACUUGGAACAAGUCUGCCUAUCUUUGCCGCACUGGUUUAUGGGUAAUCCGUGGGUGCAGCCAGCCAUCCAGCUCGAUCGAAACGGCGGUGCGGAAGAGGUGGACGUUACAAAGGUAAACAGGAAUACUAGCGAGAAUCGAUAGAAUGGACCUCAACCGAUAAUUUUUCUACAUCGAUGUCCGUGGACACCGAGGAUGUUACUUUCUCGGCUAGCUAAUGCCAAUUGUUGAACAGCCACAGGCUACGAGUCAAACAACAAUCAGCCCGUUCAGUCUAUUCAAUUUCAGCAGUGCAAUGAGUCUGAACGAACAUUCAUUACAAGCACUGUCGUGGAGGAAGCUUUACUUGAGUCGAGCAAAACUGAAGGCUUCCAGUCGAACGUCUGCUCUACUGUCUGGGUUCGCUAUGGUAGCAAUGGUGGAGGUUCAGUUGGACACAAGCUAUCCCUACCCACCUGGUCUCCUCAUUGCCUUCAGUGCCUGCACCACAGUGUUGGUGGCUGUUCACCUCUUUGCCCUGAUGGUUAGUACCUGCAUCCUGCCUAACAUCGAGGCAGUCAGUAAUGUUCACAACCUCAACUCUGUGAAGGAGUCGCCACAUGAGAGAAUGCACCACCACAUAGAGCUGGCCUGGGCCUUCUCGACAGUCAUUGGCACCCUGCUCUUCCUGGCUGAGGUGGUGCUCCUCUGCUGGGUCAAAUUUUUACCCAUUAGGCCUAAGAACCACAACCCCAACAAUGGGACCAUAUCUGCAGGUGUGGCUGCUGCCAUCACCUCCACCUCUAUCAUGGUGCCUUUUGGCCUGAUAUUUAUAGUCUUCGCUGUACAUUUCUACCGUUCCCUUGUCAGCCACAAGACAGACAGGCAGUUCCAGGAGCUGGAGGAGUUAUCCAACCUGACCAGGCUGCAGAAUGAGCUGGACGGUAGAGGGGAGUCCCACUUGCAAUCCCCCAGCUCUCAUUUCCCAUAAAGACUGACCUCUUGUUGAUAAUGUCUAUUUCAAGCCAAUCCUUUGUUGCCAAUAGUUAUACAUUUCUAUUAAAACGCUACAUAAUCUGCUCAUAAUUUCAAAACAUUUGAGAUGUUACUCACCGUUUCCAAAUGUUCACAUUUCUAGAGAUUUUUUAAAAUGAUUUUUAAAAGAACGAUUCCAGACAGUGUUACUUUUAACUGUGAAACUAUACCAGUUAACAGUAUUAAAGAUGCACUCUACCCAAUCACAGCGCUCCAAUGGAUAGCACCUGCCAGCAAUUCCAACACCACAGAUAAGCUCAUAUUUGAAACACAUGAAAGCCAUUACAAAAACAUAAUUUCUAUCCAAAAACAAAUAGUUUUAAAUGGCUUUACAAUUGAAAGGUAAUGGUAGGAGGGGGCUAAAGAGGCUUCUCAUUAAAAGGAUCGUUCACCCAAAUUACAAAAUGACGCUGUUUUCCUUACCCUCUAAGCAGCCCAAGGACAAGGUAUGAAAGCAAUCUAUGCUUUGGUGUCCCUGGCACUGUUUCCACAUGUUAACGUUUUAGCAUUUGUGGCACAAAUCACAUUGAUGGGGGCGAUAAUUAGCAAUUUUCACGCAUCGUGUCCAAAUCAUAAGAAAGUAUCUCUUGGUAGUAAAGCUCUAAAGUCACUUAGAAGUUUUGAACAUGAUGUGCAAAAGAUGACUUGAAUGGGAUUUGUGCCUUAUGCUAAAACGUUAGCUUGUGGAAAUUAAACCAAAGACUGGAUUGCUGUCAUACCUUGUCCAUAGACUGCUUAAAUGGUAAGGAAACCAAUAUGUAAUUCUGUAAUUUGGGUAAACUAUCCCUUUAACUACUUUAUUGUGACACGGUGGCUUGCCUCAUUGUAUUCUAUGAGCACCAAUGAACGGGCACGUACCUCUGCCCAGGCAUUGCUGAUGCAUGCCGGAUCUUACAAUGCCUGGAUAGGUAUUUUAAGUACCAGCUAACCACAUAUGUUAUAACAAUCUGGUGUCCGAAGGCGCAGUCGACGAUGUGGCACGCAACCAUUGGUUGACGCAUGCAACGUCUGACCAGCGAAACGCGACCAUUGUCUUACUUCUGUCAGUUUUGUAUUCAACCUAAGGUUCAGGUUUCAAUUCAUGUUUGAGAGAUUAAAUGUAAUCAGCCUGCUUAAGUUAUUUUUAGUCUAAUCGGUUGGCCAAAUGUUGCUGCAUAAACUCUACAAAAAGUGUUUUCAAAGUUGUAACCUGUGGUAUUGAAAUAGCAUUUUGCACCAUGAUUAUUUGGUCGGAAAAUAUGAAUUUGUGACUAGAAAAGCGUCAAGUUAUUUUCACUGUUGCUUAAACAGUGAAUACAGAGAUUAACUGCACAUAUUCUUUCUAAACACAAUUGGCUUUGUAAAAGUGUUAUCUGUUGCUUUCAUUUUCUGUUCAAAGUGCACCCUUUGUGACUUGUUUGUUUGUACACUGAGUCGGUUGGUCUUGGCAAAUGUAACUGUUUACUUUUUGUUUUGCUUCUAGGAAUGUGUUUGUAAUACCUCGAGUUGCCACUGGGGAAUGAUAUCCAGAUGGCACCAUGAUCUCAUUACAAGUCAAAUCAUGUUCAGUGGUCCCGUUUCAUAGAAGUAAAAUUACUCAAAUCUUA